AUGUCAGUCGCCACUAAUUUUAAACCUGAUUAUGAAACAUAUCUUCAUCGAAUAGGCCGUUGCGGUCGUUUCGAUAAAUUAGGUUAUACAUUUAAUUUAAUUGGUUCAGAAAGAGAUUUCAAUAUAAUGAAAGAUAUUGAAGAAUAUUUUCGGCAUCCUAUUGAUGAAAUAAUAAUUGAAGCUAUAAGUAAUCUUGAACCAGAUCAAGAAUGA